GAUUAUUGUCUCGCUGUUCCUGAGGUAUAAACAAGAGAAAUACACCUUCCAUCGUUCCAUUAAAUCGUAAAAUGAAAUCUCAAGUCCAUGGAAAGUGUGAGUCAAUUUAACUGCAUAACACCGUUCAAGUUUGAAGACUUUAUAUGGCGCUUGUUUAGUUCGAUACAAACGUGUCGGCGACCUGACGUUUGGUUUCAACUAUGCCUGUUAGUAAGAAUGCAAAGAUCAGCCAGCAUGUUAAUUAUAGGAUUAGAUGUACCAUGCAAGAUGGCCGGCAACUAGUAGGGACGUUCAAAGCUUUCGAUCGUCACAUGAAUAUAAUAUUGUGCGAUUGCGACGAGUUUCGCCAAGUCAAAAACAAGACAGCAAAGCAAGACAAGGAUCGCCAGGAAAAACGGGCUCUAGGCCUUGUUCUUUUGCGAGGUGAACAUGUUGUUACUAUGAAUGUAGAUGGUCCCCCACCUCCUGAAGAUGCCGCCCGAGUUCCUCUCCCUACAGCAGGUGCUUGGUCAACUGGAGUUAAGCCAUUGACUGGUAUUGCUGUCGGGCGCGGCAUGCCCCUUGCGACCCCAGCAGCAGCUAUUGCCCCAGCUCCACCCGCUGGUUUAGGUGGGCCAGUUUGGGGAGUCGGAGCACCAGCACCGGGUCUAAUGCAGCCACGAGCGCUUCCUGGCAUGCCACCUCCACCUCCUCCCCCUGCAGGCGCACCAACUGCGGCGUUCGGUCGUGGAAUGCCAACUGUCACCGCUGUACGAGGAUAUCCUCCUCCUCCACCUCCACCUCCUCCUGGAUAUCAUUGAGACGCAAUCUGACUCAUGGUAUCUAUCCCAGAUAACCACUUAUUAUCGCGGAGAAGUUUUGUAAAAGCAUUUACUUGUUUCAAUAUACUUUUUUAAGCACUUUG